ACUCGGUAUGUGAACCAUUCGAUUAUGGCAACAAAUGCUGUGCCCGCAGGCAGCAAUAUCACCCUGCUCACAUUCGACGUCAGCCCCGGAGGAUACAGCCCUUUCCUUUGCCGUCUGGGAAAGUCUAUUGUGAACAUGGUAGCGCAUGCUCCCAAGGAUGCCAGGCUGCUGGAAGCAUUAGCAGCGGAACCAUCGGCUGCAGUUCUGGACGAGGCCUUGCAGGACGACGGCCAGAGCACGCAGAGCGCCUCACUCAUUAUCUGGAUCUUGUUCAUUCUAGCGUUGGCGCUACUGCUGUUGGGUCCUCCAGGAGCAUGGUAUCUGAGCCAAAUGCUUCCUGUCGCAGCGACAACAACCUUCAUAGUAUUGGCCGUGGGCUUCAUAUUCUGUCAGGGAGCCCUUCUAAUGCUUAUCAUCUCUAUCUUCGGCACACGUUCCAACAUGGCACGCACGCUAAAGGAAGAAAUGCCCGACACCUAUUCGUGGAUAUUUGAGACGCUGUCGUCAUACGUCGUGCGAACCUCCCGAGACAUGAUCCGCAGCGAAGUGGCAGCUGACCCGGGGAACGAGAGCCUCAUCCAAGAGCGCAUCUUAGCCGACAUGACCGACACUCAAGCCUCCUUGAACCUCAUUCGCGCCAACCUUUCGCAUUUCGACGAGAAGUUCCACGUCUUCGCCGACGUAAAGAGCAGCGUCGACAUCAACAUGCUUGCGGUCAUCCCGCUGGUUCCUGCUGUGCUUGUCUCCGUAGCAGCUUGCUUUUUCGGCUGUGUCGUGCUGGGUAAUACGAAGCGUAAACGGAAUAUGCAUCGGGAAAUUGCAGUUAUGAAAAUAGCUGUCCUGUUCGUAACAGCUGGAGUGUUCUUGUUGAUCUAUAGCACUUCGGCGUUGCCUUUCUUGGCUAGUCUGAUCCCCGAGUGUAUAUUGGGGCACAGCUAUAUCUGCAGGCCGUUCUAUACUGGCGACUACGCUGUUCUGGAUGAUGGUAUGCAGCGCCUCUGGCCAACCGACUCUCGCCGUGAGCCGUACUCCAGACUGGUGCCAAGCGAAGUGAUACGCAAGUGUGGCGAACCAGGCAUCUCUGUUCUACAGCUACCUCAGCACGGGACCUCCGGAACGGACAGUGCUGGCACCAAGCGAGCUUCCAGCAACGCCACGGACUACCCUAUCGGUAAUUGCGUAGUGGUGAACAACGUCAUAACGUCGGGAAUGACAACACUCUGUGCAAUGUUCGUCGACGACCUUCUCGGCCACUGGGUAGCCCAUGCCGUAGCUGUUGUCGUCUGCUUCCUUGCCGCCAUAUUUGCCUUCCUCCUAGCGGCCAUCUUGCUAGGUCAGAGAACGAAAAGAAAGAGGCGAACAAAGUAUGGAAGAAAGGGCACAAGGACGAAGUCGCGGCGAAGACCAUCAAGUUUGCCAACAGCACUAAAGACGCAACCGAAAGAUGCAAUGGUACAAGCUGACAGCUCAACAUCUUUUCCUGCACCGCAUCCAAAAGGGACAGAGAGUACGAUGUCGGCGGCAACGUUCGUUAUCCUGCGUGAGCCGCGUCCCACCGAACAACCUACUUUUCCUCCAGCUCCGACGAUAAUUCUGUCGUCACCCCCACUUCUGCCACCGCCGCCGCCGAUCAUUGUGUUUCCACCGGCACCGGCCCCAAAUUACGUUCCAAUUCAGCUGUCACAGAUGUCACCCGGAGUACCUUCUGGCCACCCCAACGUAUCUGCUAUGCCUUCUGGCUACCCUCCUUCGGGGACGUUUGCUUUCCCUUACAUCAUCCAGCCAUCACAGCCUCCUUCACCCUUCGGUAUGACCCCUUACCCUGUGGCCUAUGGUGCCCCUAUGUACACCGCAUCACCUCGUGGCACCUUCUCGCCGUACUCUUCCUUGCCAUAUUCCGUCUCCCCUCCACCGACGAUUGCCAUCAACCCUCCUCCUCAAGAGCAAGAAGCUUCGCGCAAUCAAACAGUUCACCGCUGCGUGUCCGUGCGUCGAGUUGUUUGUGACAGAUGACCACGGGCAUACUUUGUCUACAAGAGCUGCACAAUGUGCAUAAGAAACGUUAUAUAGUUAGGCUGCAUAUCAAUGAACUGAUUGUAAUGCGAAAUAAAAUAGGUUAC